CGCGUCGUCUUCGCGCUGUAGUUGUAUUUAUUGUUGAGUUUUUUUUAAUUUUUAACUACUAUAAGUGAGUGUGCGCGCUGUAUUAGUUUAUAGAAUGUUCUAUUCGUGUUGCCUUUGGAUUUAAAUACGCCCAGAAUGACGUCCAUUGAUAAUGUACGUGUGCUGCUGCAGUCUCUGCCAGCAGCAUCGCCUGCCGUCGGCAACAGCAACAACAAUCCACAGCAAAAUGAGUCGACGCCGGCUAAACUUGGCGCUGCUGCAACACCAUUGCGCGCGAGAAAUGCACAGCAGCAACAACAACAGCAGCAACAGCAACAGCAGCAGCAGCAGCAGCAGUUACAAGCACAACCCCAAUUUUUUUAUGGCACACCGGAAAAAUCAACAACUGGGGUCAAUGUUGGUGGCAAGCAGCUCAGGGCGCCGGAGGAAUUCUGGCGUGAUCUGCACCAGUUUCAUGAGCGGCGCGGCACUCCGCUGACGCAGGCAGCCAAGAUAAGUGGUCAGCAUGUAGACUUAUACCGGCUGUACCAGGAGGUCACGGAGCGCGGUGGCUUCAACAAAGUGAACAUGCGCGAUGAAUGGGACGAGGUGUACAGCGCGCUGGACACGCUGCGGGAUCGUUGCGUUAAUGGCACCGCUGGCAUUAAGCAUAUCUAUCGUCGCUACCUGGACAAAUACGAGCGCCUGAACUUCUUGGGUGAGGAUCCCGACAAGCUGGAGGCCUUGGAGGCGGUCAUCGAGUGUGCUGAUUUGGGUGCCAGCGCCAGUCGCGCUCGUUCACGUGCCUUGGGUGGUGGCGGCGUCGGGGGUGUAGGUGGCAGCUUAACUGGCGGCAGCUGGGGCAGCAUUUUUGGCAUGCCGCACUCCACGCUGACGGCCGUGCCCAUGGCGUAUAACCAGCGCCAGCAUAUGGUGAAUGCGGAUCGCCGACGUCAGUAUAAAAUGUCCACACAGCUGCACAAGCACAGCAGCUAUGAGAAGCUGCUGUUGUCGCUUAUCUCACCGCUGCCCAACGAGCAGGACUUUGCCAUCAAUGUGUGCACGCUGAUGGCCAAUGAGCAGCGUCCAACGCUGCAGCUGAACGAGUGCCCCAAGCUGUUGGAUGUGCUGCUGGCGCAUUUGGGCGUCUAUGCGGAUUACAGCAUGCGUCAGCUGUUCCAGCAUGGCCACAACAAUGCCGGCAUGCAGGUGCGACGUCACUCGAAACUUAAUUUCUGGCGGGAUUUGCUCUACGAUAAGCCACAAAUUCUGGACCUCUACACGGACGAACAAGCCUGGCUGGACAAUGGACUGAUCAACAAGGAGAGCGACGCGUGCAAUGAUUAUCUGUUUCAAUCGGAUGACCUCGAUUUCGAGCUAGACUUUUUAAAUUUACGUCGCAGUCAUGGCACGGACGAGCGCAUUGGCCAGCGUGUGCUGCAAAUUGUGCAGCUAUUGCGCAGCUUGAGUUUUCAUCAGGAUAACGUUACGCUGCUCGCCUCGAAUCGUACGCUCUGGCGGUAUCUGGUCAUGGGGGCCAAUGUUCGUUGGAGCAACAUCCACAUUCAGGCACUGGAAACGGCUGGCAAUCUAGCGCAGCAGUUUGACCUGCUGGAUCCCGCCACGGACGAGCUAUCGCGCAAUCUGCUGGCCACGCUGUGCGAGGGCGUCGAAUCGAAUGAUCGCGCUGUGAUCAUCAGCUGCCUAGAGAUACUCUACAAACUGUGCGGACGCGAGGGCAAUGCCCAGCACAUAAAUCGUUGUCUUGGCUUGGAUUUCUACCAGCGUGUGAUGCUCUUUCUCUCGCUGACCGAUGUGAUGCUUUUAAUCUUCACGCUGGAGACAAUCUAUGCGUUGAGCUCUUUGGGCGCACGUCCCUGCUCGAUGUUGAUGCAGGUGCGCGGUCUGCUGGAUCAGCUGGUGGCCUUGCUAACCGUCGAGGCGCAAUCAUAUGGCGCGGCUGGCUGCAUUUUGAUGCGCGUCGUGGAGGUGGUGCCGGGCAAUAUGUUGUCCACACUGGCACAGACCAUACCGGGCACUCAAAUGACACAACUGAUGACGGUCAAGCAGCCGCAGCAGCCAGCGCCGAUUGCUGCACUGCCGCCGCCAGCACCCACACAUGUCCAAGUGUUACCGCCACAGCCAGACACCGUUUCGGUGCCUGUGCCUGCUCCCGCGACUACGCCCGCCCCUGUGUCCCUGCCUGUGCCUAGUUUGCCGCAGGUGCAGCUGCCUAUGCCCAGUUUGCCGCAGGUGCAGCUACCGCCACCGCCAACCCAACAAGUAUCGAUGCCUGCUCCAGCAGCCGCCACAGUUGUGCUGCCUGGAACGCUGCCCGCACCGCCCUCCGCGCCGCAAAGUUUCACCCAUGAUGAUGAGACCUAUGCGCUGGCCUGGCUGCGUGCCACCUACGAGCGCGCCGGCAAUGGUCAUGAGUAUCGCGUAGAGCAACAGGAGCUGUACACCAUUUACCUAUCGCACUGCCAGAAGGCGGGCAAACUUUCGGUGGUCAAUCGGCUGCAAUUUCCCCGUCUCGUGCGGCUCAUAUUCAAUGCGAGCGUGGGUCCAGCCAUUGUGCGCCAGAUGGACGGCACCGAUCUGCCCGGCACGCACUAUGUGGGCAUAAGGAUGCGUGCUCAGCCUUUGCCCAUGCAGCAGCAGCAGCAGCAACAACAACAACAGCAGAAGGCAGCAGCAACGGCGACAGCAACAGCUGCCAAAAAGGAGCCAGCGCUGGCGCCCAAAUCAGAGACAACAGCUGUAGACGCAUCUGAUGAAGCAACAGGUACUCAAACGCCCAGCUCCUCGCUGAUUAAGAGCCUGCUGGCAAAUAAAGUUAACGAGCGGCAGCUGAAACAAAAGGCACAGGCCCAACCGCCUGCGCUGGUGGCCACCACAUCCUCAGUCACGGGCUCCCCAGCCAACCAACCCAUUAAGGUGACCUCCACGGCAAUUAGCGCCUUUGUCAACAAUCCGCUGAUGCAGCACACGCCCGUAAAGGUGGGUCAGACCACCAUAAAGCCGUUGCAUCCGCAGCUGGCGCUGGAGAAGAAGCCAAUGACGGACUCAGCGCCACCACCACUUGCUCCAUUAAGCGGCUCCAAUGUGCUUACGAAGGAUGCGCAAGGACGCACCGUAAUUAUACAAUCCAAACGCAAGCUGACCAUCGAUGAGGAGCAAAACAAGCGAUUGGCAUUGGAUAGCAGCAGCAACACGCCCGCUGGCAAGGAUGAGCCCCAGGUGACGCCCUCUAAGAAUGCGGCCAAUCUCUAUGCAGAUUUGGCUGCCUCGAUACUAGAAGAUGAGGAUUUGGAUGAUGUGCCGCCGCUGGCAGCGUCCAGUCAAGAGCAACAGCAGACCACUCUGCAGCAUCAACAACAACAACAGCAGCAGCAACAUCAGCAGCAACAACAGCAGCAACAUCAGCAGCAACAUCAGCAGCAACAUCAGCAGCAACAUCAACAACAACAUCAGCAGCAACAUCAGCAGCAGCAUCAACAACAACAUCAGCAGCAGCAACAUCAACAACAACUGCAGCUCAUACCCGCCAAGGUGCAGCCCACACAGCGUCAGCUCAUCUUUCCUGCUGGUAGCGCGGGAGCGCCACCGCCGCAGCUUAAAUUGGCCACCACAGCGACCAUUAAAACGGAUCAGGGCUUGCAAACGGUGCCCGUCAUAUUGCAGAAGACAGAGCAACAGCAACAGCAGCAGCAGCCGACGCAAACACAGUAUGUGCUGGCCACCAAUCAGCAGGGACAGACCUAUCUGGUGGCACAGCAAACGGCGCCAGUGGCAGCGGCGUCCAAUGCGCCGGCCACGCCCACGCUGCUGGUUACCCAAGCGGCGCAGCAGCAGACCAAAACAAUUAUCAUAUUGCAACAGCCGGGUGUCAGUGCCAGCAAUGUGCCCGGCACACAGAAAGUCAUAAUGACCACAGCGCAGGGUCAACAGGUGCUGGUGACAACAACCACAGCACCUGCGGUAGCCCAGCCACGGCCCGCAGCACAAGUCCAACAGCAGCUGCAACAACAGCAACAAAUCUUCCUAAAUCCACAGCGCGCGGUGCCCGCCGCCUUGGGUGCUGGUCAAAUGUCACCCUCACUGCUCUCGCAACUCAAUCAGAUACCCGCCACCAUUAAGCUGCAUCAGCCGCAGCCGUCGCAAUCGCCGCAGCUGCAUCGUGGCGGCAUUGUGGCCAGCAAGACAGCGCCCAUACCACAGCUGCAGCAGCAUCAGUCCAUUAUACAGCAGCAUAUCAUCUCCGGCCCGGCGGCAGCGGCAGAGAAGCGGCAGUUGCUCCUAGGCGGCAUCAAGGAGACAACGCUCAUCACACAAACGCCCGCCACGGCUGCCCCACUGCAGCAGAGUCAACUCAAUUCGCAGACAAUCAUUACCACACAGCCGCCGGCAGCUACCACAGCGGUUGUUGGCGCUGCACUGCAGCAGCAACAACAGCACAUACGCAGCGUGCUCGAGCAGCAGCAGCAACAUCAUCCAUCCAUAAUACAGCAGAAGAUAACUAUGCCCACAGUGCUAACGGAGACGGUCAAAGCUAAAGCUGCGCCAGCAGCCGCAACCAUUGCCAAGAAGCCGAUGGGGCCGCCAACGCCGUUGCUGCCUGUGCAGCAACAACAGCAGCAGCAGCAGCCGGUGCAAAUGCCUGCGCUGAAACCCACACAACAACUACAACAACAAGCGCAGUUAGUCAGCUGCGAGUCGAAGCCCAGCAUUAUGAUUGAAGCCAAGCCGGCGGAGCAAUCCACAAUAACAGCAACAGCAACAGUUGCAGCAAUGCCAGCAACAGCUGCCACAGCAAUUGCUACGACCACAACAACAGCAACGAGCAUUGUUAGCAAUAGCAAUCUAACAGCAGCCGGAGCAGCUGCCAGCGCUGUGCCCGUGGAUGUCAAUUGGCUGUUCAUUUGCGAUUGGCGCAAUUGUCCGCGUCGCAAAUUCAAAUCGCUUAACGAGCUGCAGCAUCAUGUCUGCAAUGUGCAUUGUCCGGAUCAUUUGGAUACCGGCGCUGAGAUCUAUUGCCAGUGGGGCAGCGGUCCCAGCUUGUGUGACAACAUAGCCCGUAAGCGUUACUCACUGAUGACGCAUCUGGUGGAUCGUCAUUUGGCGCUGGAUGAUCUGCGUGCGAGCGUGCAGCGUCGCCUUGCCACGGGCAUACACAAUGUUGCGCCCACCCAGCCAACGGUCACAAUUGUGCGCAAUGUGGGCAAUGCCAGCAAUGCGCCAGCAUCAACAGCGGCAACAACAUCUGCCGCUGCUGCUCCAGCGACGACAGCCACGGCUGUGGGCACCUCGGCGCUGCAGGCAAUUAAACGGCAUUCGGCCGACUUUGUCAACUCCAAGGAGCUGUUGGACGAGAACGAGGGCCCAGUCACAAAGAGCAUACGCCUCACGGCGGCGCUGAUAUUGCGCAAUCUGGUCAAUUACACAUCGACGGCCAAGCGCAGCCUCAAGCGGUAUGAGCCGCAUCUGGCCAAUGUGGCAUUUAGCAAUGUGGAGGCCAGUGGCGUCCUCUCCCACAUACUGCACGAGCUCAGUCAGUAAUCUCCCCAACUAACCAACUAUCUAAAUAUAUAUAUAUAUAGUAUAUGCAUACAUAUAUAAACAUAUUUUUCUACACCUCACGCUGCGCUGCUAUAAAAAACAAAAUAUUUAAACUAUUAUUUCUAUUAACUAACGACACUAUUAAAUGUGAACAAAUUGAAUGAAAUGAAGUGAGCGAAUAUA